AUGAAUUCUUUAUCUCAAGCUGAUUUAACUGCCAAUCAAGAACAUUUUCAUAAACACAGCUCAAUAGAAGCCGGUAUUAGUAAUAAUUGCAAUAGUAAUAAUAACUCAGGAACCCAAAUCCCAAGAAGUGCUCAAAAUUCUUUAAAUCAUCCCUUUAAAACUCAAGAAAAUUCCACUGUUUUUCACAGAAAUGAUAAUGGAAAUAAAAAUGCUGAAACUAAAAAUUUUUGUUUGAAUAGUAAUUAUAACAUAUGUCAUCCUGAUUUUAAUGAUAGAUAUAAUAACAAUGAUGCUAAUUUAUAUUUUAAUAAUAAUUUAAAUUUGAAUGAGAAUCAUAGUAAUACUGAAAGCCAUAAUAAUUAUUUUGAAUAUUCUAAUAAUAAUGAUUUGGGGUAUAAUAUCUCUGAAAAUAAAUACUGUAUUAAUCAUAUGGGCUAUGAUCUGUACUACCAUAGACAUUUUUUAAUUUCAAAUUGUCCAAAAGACAGUUUUAAAAACCAGCAUAUGAAUUAUUUAUAUUGGAGUAUUAGUAAAAAAUAUCCUAUUCCUUUGGAAGAUUAUAGAUUGGAAAAUUUUGUUAUUUCUAAAAAUGAUUCAUCUUUGUUAACAAACAAUAUAAAUGUAAAUUCAACAUCAAGUAUACCAAUAACUGUCCCAUUUCCCGGAAAUAGAUCAAAUAACACAAUUCGAACAUAUUACCCUUCAAAUGAGUCAUUAAAAUAUUCAGAUAUAGACUUGAUAUCAAACAUAUCGAUAGCUGCUUCACUUAAAAAUAAUGAAUUGGCAGAAGUAAUUCCACCAUACAAUCCUUCAAAUUACAGAAUUAACAGAGGAAAAAAACAGAGAAAUAUUCGAACCCAUCGAGCCACUAGAUCAUUGCUGAUUUGUGGACAAAUAUCGGAUAUAUAUAAAGGAUUAUAUUGUGUUCAAUGUGAUAUAAAAUCAACCCCAGAAUGGAGAAGUGGCCCAGAUGGUCAACGAAAAUUAUGCAAUGCUUGUGGAGUGUUUCACGAUAAACUUCAAAAUCUAAUAGGACAUAUUAAUGCUGCUAAAAUAUUGAAAUUGAGAAAAUAUAAUAAAGAUUUUCAUAAUAGAAGUAUUCCAACAACAAGUGAACAGAAUAAAUUAAUAGAUGAAUUUGACAAAAUCUAUUAUCAUGGAACCGAGAAGGAAAGAGAAAAGUUAAUUGAUUACAUCGAGGAUAACAGAACUAUAUUUGAUUGA